UAAUGAAAAUGGGCUUGCCCGAAUUUUCCCAAAAAAAAAAAAUCUUUCAGAAAUCGGUUUCCGGGCUUUGCAGAUUUGAUCCUUCGAAGUGCGAAACUGUUUGGUGAGGCGAGAGCUCAUCGAUCUACCGAUCCUCUUCUACAUGGGCGGUGACGGGAAACUCCUGCGACUUCUAUGCUCUAAGAAGACCCUGCUCUACCCGAGGGAACAGGGUCUUCGGUGGCUGAUCGGAUCUCCUCUCUUCCUCCCAUCAUUCAACGUUGUUUCCUCCUUCCGAUGUCUCCACUACCUACCUAGCGAUCCCUGCUCCCCGAACUUUACUAAAGAAGCAGAUGAUAUCCGGACAUUACUCAUCCGAGGGUUUGAUAUAGUUGGAGCGCUAUUGAUUAACAAUGGAGACAUGGAGUUUAAUGCUAGAAAGGCAGCAGAAGCUUCCUGUAAGAUGAGGAGUUAUCUUUCAGUAAAUGCUGAACAUCAUGACAUAAUUGGAGCAGCUGCUGAUUUAAAUAGUGACUCGAUCCAGUUUUUUAAGUAUGAAAUGGGAAAUUUUAAAAAUGUUGAAUCAUUCAGUACCAUUUCAUAUGAAACCGAUCCUGAGAAGCUAGUGUGGGAGAAAGGCUGUCUUACUAGGUGUGAGUUGGCGUUAAAAUUUCCCAUUUAUUCUCCUGGAAAUAUAGCAUCAGAUAUGGAAGACAUGUUUUCUUCUUUGAUCGAUCUUACUGUUGCUGAUCUUAAAGAUCCUUGUGCUGCAUUCCUCGUUGAAGGGCCUAGUGUAACUUCUAAUGAAACAUCUGCUUCCAUUGUUUUGCAUGGUUUUGAACUGGAUUUCAGCAGAUCUAUAUCUGAAAAUGUGUGGUUAACGAGCAAUCAUAUGGAGUCGGAUGCAAAGGAUUUAGCUUGUUCACAGUUUUUCUCAAAUAAUAAGUCCCUUUCAUUUUCUUCAUUACGAGAGAAUGCAGAUGUCAUCUGGAUAACGAUGCUGUCUAAUCGGUCUAGGAAUGUUUCUAAAUCUGUAGCUCCUGUGGCGGAGUACUUCCCGGAACCAGCAAGUUGUGUAUAUUCUAAUUUGAAGCUAGAUGUGCUUUGUUAUUCUUCAAAAGAAUGUCCCAUUGCUUCACUUAUCUCCAAAUUGGUUGUGCCAGGGUUGAUUGACCAGUUAUUAACAAUGAAGAAUCUUAUCUCACCAAGUCUUUCAGCGAGCCAUCCUCAGCUAAAGCCUUAUCACUUCCUGCCCCUGGGCAUUUUACAUCCUAUAACGGCUAUAUAUGAACUAAGAUAUGGAGAAAAUGAAGUGGGGCAAAGUGAAAUUAGGAGGUCUUUGCAUUCACGACUUGGAUUACCGUUGGAUCGCCCACUCUUGCGUAUUGCUAGUGCGCUAAUGUUUGGCACAAAAGCCAACAACAUAAUAAGAAACGAUUAUCCAUAUCUUAAAAAUGUACAUACCCAGAUACCAAUGAGCGGUGUUUCUGAAGGUAUUGUUUCCUUGGUUGAUGGGUCUUACGAGUACUAUCAUUAUCUGCUCGAUGGUAUAGAUGACAAUGGAUGGGGAUGUGCAUACCGUUCUCUACAAACUAUCAUAUCUUGGUUUAGGCUUCAACGUUACGCAUCAAUAGAAGUUCCUUCCCACAGGGAAAUUCAGCAGGCUCUUGUUGACAUUGGUGAUAAGGAGCCCUCUUUUGUAGGAUCACGUGAAUGGAUUGGAGCAAUUGAGUUAGGCUUUGUCUUGGAUAAACUUCUUGGGGUUAGUUGCAAGAUCAUGAAUUUGAGGUCAGGAGCAGAGCUUCCAGAGAAAUGCAGAGAGCUUGCCAAACAUUUUGAAUCACAAGGAACUCCUGUAAUGAUAGGUGGAGGUGUCCUUGCUUAUACACUGUUGGGAGUUGACUACAAUGAAACGAGCGGGGAUUGUGCCUUUCUUAUCCUAGACCCACACUACACAGGAAAUGAUGACCUAAAGAAAAUUGUAAAUGGCGGUUGGUGUGGGUGGAAGAAGCCUGUUGAUAGCAAGGGGAGGAGUUUCUUCUUGAAAGAUAAGUUCUACAAUCUUUUGCUCCCCCAGAGGCCUAACAUGGUUUAAAGCAUUAAAAAUUGGAGCACGCUAAACAUUGCAAGGAAGAAGGUACUUCUACUUUGAAAGAUCAUUUGAAGCAGUUCGGGCGUGGCAAGGCACUGGCUUAAAAGAUGGUUGAAGAUUGAAAGGCCCAAUUCAUAUGGCGCAAAUGUAGAUCUUGACGAGAUUCCAGUGCAUUUCUGGAUGAUUAACAUAAAUCAAAUUAUUUUAUUGUUAAGAUCAUAGGAGCAUAAUGUAUUUUUGACUUAGCAAUUUUAUACUAUAUUGCAAAUUAACAAUGGUUCAGGUAAAACCUUCAGUUCAUGCAAGGAAGGCAGAAAUGGACAAUUUUCUGCCUGGCUCGUGAUUGAACUGAACUCGUACAAAAAUGGCGAAAUUUGCUGCUAAGCUUGCUUUGUUUCUCCUCGUAAUUAGUUUUUUGAAAUGGAAUUGUGGUUUUUUUUGAAAGCUUGUUUAAAUAUUCUCAAUUUGCAUGUACAUUUUCUUAUGACCUUAUAAGCAUAUGGAUACAUUUAUUAAGCUUUUCGUUA